AGAAUUGUGAAAGAAAGAUGGCUCGUACUAAGCAAACUGCUCGUAAAUCAACUGGAGGAAAGGCUCCUCGGAAACAGUUAGCUACUAAGGCAGCACGUAAAAGUGCUCCAGCAACUGGUGGUGUGAAGAAACCUCAUCGCUAUAGGCCAGGCACUGUUGCCCUGCGUGAAAUUCGUCGCUACCAGAAGAGCACGGAACUGCUUAUUCGCAAGUUGCCGUUCCAGCGUUUAGUACGCGAAAUUGCUCAGGACUUCAAGACCGACUUGCGUUUCCAGAGCUCGGCUGUGAUGGCUUUGCAGGAAGCUAGCGAAGCCUAUCUAGUUGGCCUAUUCGAAGAUACAAACUUGUGUGCUAUCCACGCUAAGCGUGUCACCAUCAUGCCCAAGGACAUUCAACUGGCCAGACGUAUUCGAGGAGAGCGCGCUUUUGCAACGUCCGCAUCUCCUGUGAUUGCCCAAGCAGCCUCAGGCGAGAAAAAGGUGGCUACUAAAAAGGCAGCAGCCGCCACACCAAAGUCAAAGAAGUCAGCAGCUCCUCCAUCGCACCCACCAACUCAGCAAAUGGUAGAUGCAUCGAUUAAAAACUUAAAGGAACGUGGUGGCUCAUCCCUUCUGGCAAUUAAAAAAUAUAUCGGUGCUACAUACAAGUGCGAUGCCCAGAAGCUAGCCCCGUUCAUUAAGAAGUACCUAAAGAAUGCGGUUGCGAAUGGAAAGCUGAUCCAAACAAAGGGCAAGGGUGCCUCUGGUUCGUUCAAACUAUCUGCAUCCGCUAAAAAGGAUCCCAAGCCAAAGGCCUCCGCUGUCGAGAAGAAAACUAAGAAGGUGAAUGCUUCGGCGGCAGCAGCAACUAAAAAGAAGAGUAGUACGUCUACCACGAAGAAAGCCCCUGGUGCCGCUGAUAAAAAGCCAUCAAAAUCCGCAGCAACCAAAAAGAGUGUUGAGAAAAAGAAGGCGGACAAAGCAAAGGCUAAGGAUGCGAAGAAAACGGGAACCAUAAAGGCCAAGCCCACAACAGCAAAGGCUAAAAAGAUGGCUCGUACUAAGCAAACUGCUCGUAAAUCAACUGGAGGAAAGGCUCCUCGGAAACAGUUAGCUACUAAGGCAGCACGUAAGAGUGCUCCAGCAACUGGUGGUGUGAAGAAACCUCAUCGCUAUAGGCCAGGCACUGUUGCCCUGCGUGAAAUUCGUCGCUACCAGAAGAGCACGGAACUGCUUAUUCGCAAGUUGCCGUUCCAGCGUUUAGUACGCGAAAUUGCUCAGGACUUCAAGACCGACUUGCGUUUCCAGAGCUCGGCUGUGAUGGCUUUGCAGGAAGCUAGCGAAGCCUAUCUAGUUGGCCUAUUCGAAGAUACAAACUUGUGUGCUAUCCACGCUAAGCGUGUCACCAUCAUGCCCAAGGACAUUCAACUGGCCAGACGUAUUCGAGGAGAGCGCGCUUAA